GUACUUCUAGUCCAGCACGCGGCCGGGCCAGUAGACGUUCCUUCGAAGCGACAGCAGCGCUACAGGCGGCGGCGGCGACAGUCGCCGCGUUGCAUGCCGGGAGCGCCGCCGACCACGCCACAGCUCGCGAGCCUCGGCUCCUCACGGCGACUGCCAUGUUGGAAAAGAGUGCAGAGUUCCUGGGCGUGCUCGCGUCGUAACCGCGCCGAUCCGCAGUUUCAACGGUUUUUAAACCGCGCGCAAGCGGUUCGCCGGACAUGCGAGCGUCGCGAACUUGUCUCGGAGCGUCGCAGCGCCGCCGCGUCGCGCCAUGGAGCGCCCCGGAGCUCUGCUUCGCCGCGAACGCGUGAAUUUGCCCACCGCGCGGAGUGUGUGCGAGGAGCAGGAACAGGAGCGGGCGACGAGCUAACCACGCCGCUCGACGUCGCCUGUACAGUUACUCGUCUCUCGACGCCGCCGUCUCCUCGUCCGUUGUCGUCGCCGCGGGAAUGUGUUUCGUCCGCCUGCGGGAGCAGCCAGAGGCCCUGGCCGCCGCGUGCUAGCCCGUCGGAGACAGCUGCCGCAGCAGCGGCGGCAGCAGCAGCAGCAGCAGCGGCGGAGCAGCAGUCGAUACAAACGGAGCCCGACCCAGCCGCCGCCGCCACCGCCACCACCGCCGUGACGCGGGGUAGACUGCCGUCUUGCUGCCAUGGGGGCGGGUGCCUCCGCCGCCAGCCCGCCGCCCCUGCCCCGCGCCGCCCGCCCCCCGUGCUGGUGUUGACCGGCCUCGGCGCUGACAUGCCGCUCCCGCCACCGCCACCACCGCUCCUGCUGCUCCUUCGAGGAAUUCAGAUCAGCAAUACUUGUGUUUGGUGGUGUCUUGUGGUGUCUGUCAAGUUUAAGAAAAAGGAAGGGUGUCUGUUUGGGGGUGGUCGGGUACUGCAGUGCAAUUUUUUUGAGUUCUUGCCGGUUGCCUGGACGUGGCCAUCCGCCGUCCUGGAGUCCCACCCGGCACAAGUGUCCGGCAGUACCCCCCAUGGUUUGAUGGUAUUGUUGAAUGCUGCGGCGGAUGCACAGAACACGCCAGCGACGCCGGGAGGAGGUGGAGGAGGAGCUGCCCGUGUGGGUGGUGGAGGAGGAGGAGUCAUGGAUACUUCUGUGGUGGUACAGGCGUCUGGAAAACGACCAGAUGCCUGGCAUAAACACGACCAGUUGAUGCUAAUGGAGAAGCAAAAGAAACUGAGUGUCAAUCAAAAUUGUGUUUGUCAAGUUGUGCCGAAUUUGCAGCCCAUGAAACGGGGGAGAGCGGCGGCGGGGGCGGCGCGCCGGGCGGCGUGGCGGGGGGCGGCGGGUCGCCUCGGGCCGCCACAUGCGCCGCUCUACGGCCGCCUCGUGCCCGAGGAGCAGCUGGCGCGCGUCGAUGGCCGCGCGGCCGCCGCGCCGCCGCCCGCGCCGCCGGCGCGGGGCGCGGGCCGCCGGCGGCGGGGCGGCGGGCGGCGCGGCGGCGGCGCGGCGGGCGGCGUGGGCGUGGGCGGCGGCGCGGGCGGGCAGGCGACGCCCGCCGACAUCCAGGCCAUGCAGGCGCGCAUCCCGCUGUCCUUCCGGGACCCCUGCGCCGCGCCGCUGCGCAAGCUCUCCGUCGACCUCAUCAAGACCUACAAGCACAUCAACGAGGUGUACUACGCGAAGAAGAAGCGGCGAGCGCAGCAGCCGCAAGGUGAGGACUCGUCGCACAAGAAGGAGCGCAAGCUGUACAACGACGGCUUCGACGACGACAACCACGACUACAUCGUCAAGCACGGCGAGAAGUUCCUCGACCGCUACGAGAUCGACUCGCUCAUCGGCAAGGGCUCCUUCGGCCAGGUGCGUGGCGCGCUCGCCAUUGCUGACUGA